GUCAAGGAUACGCCGUUCAGUUAUUUGUUGUGCAACGUUCCUCUCCCUGGCAACGAACCGAACAAGGACCUGCUGCAGCACGUACCCCCUGUGUUUCUCUGUGUGUGAGUGUGUGUGGAAAAUUUGAAUGCGAGCAAAGGGUUCCCAGUGCCAGUGCCAGUGCCAGGCAGACAGGGACAGCACCAUUAGCACCUGUCUAGAUCUAGAACAAUUUUCUCCCUAUAUACGAACGAGGCAGCGCUGCUAGCUGCUAGCCGCUAGCUACUAGCUGUUAGCGGCUUCGACGUCGCCGUCGCCAGCCGCCUGGGCUCACCUUACAUAGCCGCAAAUUCAAAUUUGAACUUCAGUCAAGUGUCAAAGCUCAAAGGAUUAACAUGUCCUUGCGGCUGCAACAUGAGCACUGGUAGCCAGUAGCCAACAGCCAAAAGUGUGAACAAGUGCAGAGACCCAAAGACAGCAAACAAAUCUUCAGCCAUCCAGUGGCCAAAGGAAUCAGAGAAUCAAAGAAUUGAUCAAUCCACCUAAAAAGUGGAACCCCAAACAUCGUGGGAGCAUCGAAAAGCAGAAGCGUAGAACUGAAGAGGAUCCCGCAGAGUGCCAAUUAACGAGAGAGUUUUUAAAGGAAAUACCUGAAGGAAACGGAGGGGAGGAGAGCAGAGGAGUGGAGAAUAAACAUGGCACCGCAACAACAGAACUCGACAUUCAUCGAUGAUAAUCUGGACAGCUGUCCAUCGCUAUUGAAUCUGCCCGAAAGCCCCAUAUUGCCCACGAGGCGAUGUCAAAAUCAAGACAGCAACAAUAACCACCAUAAUAAGCAGGUUGCAUUCGAGGAGCGUUUGGUGGACGCAGCACCGGCACCAGCACCAGCACCAGCACCCGUGAUGCCACCACCAUGCAAAAAUAAACACAGCAAGGCAAACGGAAACGGCGGCCCCCCGGCCAGUCGUCGCCAUCGUUCCAUAUCCCUCUAUGGCGUUAAUAGCACUGUGGAGCAAGGCCAUAAGGAAAUACCCAUUUGGAUGGACGAUGGUGAGCCGCGCUACGUAUCGGGUGUUACCAACAAAACCACAUGCAAUGACAUAAUCAAGGCCCUGAUUGAUGACGAGCUGAGCAACGUUGUUGGCACUGGGCAGCACUGCAGCAGUGAUGAUGCCAAAGAUGGCGGCCAGAGGGCAACAGCUACUACAAAGGAAGCGGCGACGGCGGCGACUGCGACAGCGGCAGCAUCGCGUGACUACAGCGAUUACAUUAUAACGGAAAGUUGGGGCGGCAUAGAGCGAAGCUACGACGGCAACAUGGCCAUUUUGCCCGUUUGGCGCGCUUGGAGUCGUGUACACAAUGAGCUUCGCCUAUCGCUCAAGCUGUGGGAGAACUUCAGGGAUCCCUUGACGCUGCAGUUGAUGCCACAUGCUCCGCCUACUGCCAGCUUUUCCAUGAUCAAAUGGCUCAAGAAACUCUUGCAUCUGAGCAAAAACAAAAAGAAUAUGCACACAAAACCCACAAAUACUCCUCCCAAAGUGCCCAACAAGACAAAGGAAAAGGGUCUGCGCUACAAAGGCGACAGACAAGUGACGGCGGAUGAGCUGCUUCUGGUCAUUAUGCCGGAUCAGCUGUACACAGGCGCAGAGAACUGUGCGAAGGGAAAGCUUUAUAAACUCGCCGAAAAUCGGGUCUCCAAGCAGCAGCGGCGACGUCGACGCAGCCGCCACGAACCGAAGCCUGCUAACUCAACAGCAGCCACGGCAGAAAAUCCCCAAGAAUGCAAUAAUAAUGUGAAUAAUUAUAUACGCAGGCGCAAGGAUCGACCGUUGCGUAACAGUGUGCGCAAUAAGUUGGCAUCCCUGCACGCUGACAUGAACCAACGCUACGAACGGGAGUACGCACUGACACGUCAACUGUCUGAGAAGUGUCGAAUGUAUAGGAUUCAGAACGAGCGCUACAAGGGAUCGGCAAUGGAGGUUUCCGUGGGUCAGCUACAGCAAAACAUUGAAGCCUAUGCCGAGGACAUAAUCAAAACGGAGCACGAGCUGCUCGAUUUGAAGAACGAAAUGAAGCAUGACAUUUCCCUGAUUAACAACCUCAAGCGGAUGACAAUGGAGGAGACGGAAGGAGCAGUAAAUGUCUGCGGUGUGGAAGUUGCAGCAUCCCGAAAAGCGCCAGCGAAGCUACCACAAAAAGAGGAAACACCAUCUCAAGUUGCUAAAACUGCACAUGAAAUGCAAUUUGUUGAUAAUAUUUACGAGUUUUGCGACAAUAAUGCAAGCAUGUUGGUUUAAUUAUACUCAGAAUAUAUUUGGAUCUUGUUAAGUUUUUCAUACUACCCAAUAAAUUUAUAUUUAUCUAUACAUACAUA